UGAGCCUGCAACCAAGGCAGUUGCAGUGGUGCAGAAUGGCUGACCUCAGUCUUGCAGAUGCAUUAACAGAACCACCUCCAGAAAUUGAAGGAGAGAUUAAACGGGACUUUAUUGCCACACUGGAGGCAGAGGCCUAUGAUGAUGUUGUGGGAGAAACUGUUGGAAAAACAGACUACAUUCCUCUCCUGGAUGUUGAUGAGAAAACUGGGAAUUCGGAGUCAAAGAAAAAACCAUGCCCAGAUACUAGCCAGGUUGAAGGUACUCCAUCUCCUAAACCAGCAGUGCUAGCCAACGGUGACCAUGGAAUAGAAGGGAAUGACACUACAGGGUCUCCAACAGAAUUCCUUGAAGAGAAAAUGGCCUACCAGGGAUAUCAGAACAACCAGAACUGGCCAGAAAAUACAAACUUUUGCUUUGCACCCGAGCAAGUGGUGAAUCCUAUCCAGACUGAUCCCUUUAAGAUGCACUGUGGUGAUGGCCUGGAAGAUUUGCUCUUUUUUCCCAGUGGGACCGCCAAUCCUUCAGCAUUUACACAGCAAAGUGAUCCCCUGAAAGACAGUUAUGGUCAUCUUCCCUGCGACACAUUUGCUUCUGCAGCAGUUGUACCUCAGGGCUGGCCUGUGGAAGCCCCAAGCUCUGCCCACGCGGGAGUCUUCAUUUCCCCAGAGGCCACACAACCUCUGCAGCCCACAGCAGAGCCAGCCAAGGAGGUAGAAAUGGCAUCGGCAGAAGAGAGGGCAUCAACAGAAGCAUUGGAAAUAAUGAUGGGACUGAAGCCUGCUGACAUGGCACCAUCUAGAGAAACAGAGAUGGCCUUGGCUGAGGACAUGGCACCAAUCACAGAAACAGAGGUAGCAUUGGCCAAAGACAUGGAACCACCUACCAAAGAAGAUAUGGCAUUUGCCAAGGACAUGGAAUCAUCCAUUGAAUCAGAUAUGGCUGUAGUCAAGGACGUGAUACUACCUAUAGAAACAAAGGAAACCCCAGCCAAGGAUGAAAUACUAUUCAAAGAAACAGAGAGGGCACCACCUAUAAAAAUGGAUUUGGCCCCAGCUGAAGGCAUGGUAUCACUCUCAGAAAUGGAGAUGGCAUUGGCUGAGGAUGUUGUAUCAUCCACAGAAAUAUCCUCAGCCAAGGAGUUUGCCUUGUCCUCAGAGACAGAGGUGGCCCCAGUCAAGGACAUGGCUCCAUCUCCAGAAACAGAGAUGGCCCUGGGCAAGGACAUGGCUUCACCCCCAGAAACAGAGGUGGCCCUGGUCAAGGACAUGGCUCCACCCAUAGAAACAGAGGCUGCCCUGGUCAAGGACAUGGCUCCACCCAUAGAAACAGAGGCGGCCCUGGUCAAAGACAUAGCUUCACCCCCCCAAACAGAGAUGACUCUGGGCAAGGAUGUGCCUCUGCUUCCAGAAACAGAGAUAUUCCUGGCUAAGGAUGUUGUACCGCCCUCAGAAACAGAGGUGGCAUCAGUUCCAGUUAAGGACAUGGAAAUUGUACAGACACAGAGAGAAAUAAGUGAGGAUUCCCAGUUAGGAUCUCUCCAGAAUAAGGGGCAUUCAGCUGCACCUACUUCCAUGAUUUCACCAGAACCAGUCACAGCCACAGGCCAAAAGUUCAAUUUGCCAGCAGAUGAGGCUUCUGUGUUAGAGAAACUAGAGCAGAAGAAACCAUUCAGUAGUCAAGCUCCUGAGCUUUCUUCAGAGACCUCAGGAAUAUCCAAGCCAGAAGACGGACAACCUACUGUGAGCUUGACCGGAAAUGACAUCACCGCCCCUCCAAACAAGGAGCUCCCACCAAGCCCAGAGAAGAAAACAAAGCCUUUGGCCACAACUCAGCCUGCAAAGACUUCAACAUCGAAAGCCAAAACACAGCCCACUUCUCUCCCUAAGCAUCCAGCUCCCACCACCUUUGGUGGGUCGACUAAAAAACCCAUGAGCCUUGCUUCAGGCUCAGUACCAGCUGCCCCACCCAAACGCCCUGCUGCCACCACUGCCAGGCCUUCCAUCUCACCUUCAAAAGACGUGAAGCCCAAGCCUGUUGCAGAUGCAAAGAUUCCUGAGAAGAAGACUACACCAUCCAAGCCGGCCUCUGCCCCAUCCUUCAGGCCUGGCUCCAAGAGCACCCAGACUGUUCCAAAAGCCACAGCGGCUGCCUCUCUUGCCUCAGCUGGGCCAAGCAGUAGGAGCGCCCCCAUGCCCCUGCCCAGGAGGCCUACUGGCAUCAAGACUGAGGGAAAACCUGCAGAUGUCAAGAAGAUGGUUACGAAGUCUGCACCAGCUGACUUGGGUCGCUCAAAGAGCACCUCCAGCAGUACCAUGAAGAAGAACGCCAUCGUCCCUGGGGCAGCUCCCCCAGCAGGCGUGGCUCCCAGUCGAGUCAAGCCCACAGUCACGUCUCCCCGGCCCUCUGGGACUCUUGCCACGGACAAGAAGCCCACGUCAGCCAGGCCCAGCUCCUCUGCCCCAAGGCUGAGCCGCCCGACUACCAGCACGUCCACCCCUGAUCUGAAGAAUGUCCGCGCCAAGGUUGGCUCCACGGAAAACAUCAAACAUCAGCCUGGAGGAGGCCGGGCCAAAGUAGAGGAAAAAACAGAGGCAGCUGCUGCAGCUCGAAAACCUGAACCUAAUGCAGUCACUAAAACAGCUGGCCCAGGUGCGAGUGCACAGAAACCGCCUGCUGGGAAAGUCCAGAUAGUCUCCAAAAAAUUGAACUACAGCCAUAUUCAGUCCAAGUGUGGUUCCAAGGACAAUAUUAAGCAUGUCCCUGGAGGUGGUAAUGUUCAGAUUCAGAACAAGAAGGUGGACAUCUCUAAGGUCUCUUCCAAGUGUGGGUCCAAGGCCAACAUCAAGCACAAGCCUGGUGGAGGAGAUGUCAAGAUUGAAAGUCAGAAGUUGAACUUCAAGGAGAAGGCUCAGGCCAAGGUGGGAUCCCUGGAUAAUGUGGGCCACCUGCCUGCGGGAGGUUCCGUGAAGACUGAGGGCGGUGGCAGCGAGGCCCCUCCGUGUCCGGGCCCCCCCGCUGGGGAGGAGCUGGCCAUCCCUGAGGCAGCGCCUGAAGCUGGCGCCCCCACUUCAGCCAGUGGCCUCAGUGGCCACACCACCCUGGCAGGGGGUGGUGACCAAAGGGAGGCCCAGACCUUGGACUGCCAGAUCCAGGAGACAAGCAUCUAAUGAUGACAUUCUGGUCUCGUCUUCCGUCCCCUUUGUUGCCCCUCUUGUCUCCUUCGUUACCCUCUCCCUUCCCUCCUCCCGUGUCACUGCAGAUUGAGACCUACAGGCUGACGUUCCGGGCAAACGCCAGGGCCCGCACCGACCAUGGGGCCGACAUUGUCUCUCGUCCCCCCCACUUCCUUGGUGGCCCCAGCUCAGGCACCCGGGCCUUUGGCUCCCUUCCCCGGGCUGCCCACUAGACCUGUGACCACUUGGGUGCUGGGCAGCCCUCUAGGUUCCUCCCUCCUCCCCUCUUGCCUCCCUUGCCUAGGGCAGCAGCAGUCGCCCCCACACCUCCUUCCAGUCCUUGCCCCAGGCCCAGCUCCUUGCUUUGCUCCUGGCCCGUCAUCGCAUCACUGCUCCAGGGGGAAGCGUGGGAGGAGAGUGGUAGGGGAGGCUAAUGUGGGAUCUGGGGGAUCUAAGAGGAAGGAAUCAGAUUCCAACCUCCUCUUUGUUUGGGUUUUUGGACCAAACCCAAGAACAACCGACAUACGCUCCCUCUGCUGGAUCCACCUGGAGGGAAGAGUGGAAUCUCCACGUGAUGGAUGGCCCGGUCCUGACUGUGUCCCUGGAGCUCGCUAAGCCACUGCCUCUCCCUUUGACCCCACAAUGGUGCCCACCACGCGGGUGGUGCCAGACACCUCUUGCUACCCUGCCCCAAGUUAGUUAGGGGUCAGUGCUGCCUGUGCCCGCUGCCUCCCCUACCUUUCUAGCUGCUGUCAUACUUUUUUUUUCUUUUAUCAUUUUUUUUAAUAACCUAAAAACUGGUGGAAUAGUUGUGCAGGUUGAAGUCAUGUCUAAAGGAAAGUCCUCAGCAGGUGUUAAAGGAAACAGGGAGGGGAGAUCCUCCAGCCUCCAGCCAGGUCAGGCACUGGGGGCCUGGCAGGUCAGAGCUCUGGAGAUGGAGUGGGCAGGGCAGGUGGUAUGCGGAGGCGUGGCCUGGUGGGCAAAUAGGGUACGCUAGGGGCUGCUCAGAGUGUGGACUGGUUGUUCUGGCAUUUUGCGUGUAUGCUGCUUUUCUUUUCUAACCAAGAGGCUGGUUUUGGCAUCUCUGUCUCAUUCCUGGGAUCUGGUGGGAGAUAAAAGGUCAGUGCUGGGAAGGGCCAUGAAGGUCGAAAUCUUCCAGACCUGCAGGCCUAGGACACUCGAGCCUUCAGCUCCCAGGGAGCCCGAGAUGUCCAGAACUUGUGUGGGUAUUGGGGAAUCAGGUCUGGAAAUUUAAAAAUAAAGGUAUGAGACUGAGGCCAUCCCACGUCCCUUUCAGCCUGACUGGAGAGGAGAGGGAGGCAAGGCGAGGCCAGGCCAGGCCAGCCUGCGGAGGGGUGUCCCAGCUAGGCCUGCCCACGGGAUGGCUGCAAUGAGGAGAAAUCCCGGGAAUCAUAUUGACACGAAGAUUCUUACUGCACUUGUAUUUUUUGUAUUAAAGUUUGCAUGGUUUCUAAUAAAGGAUUAAAACCUACCUGUUUGUAGUGAAAUGGCCUGGGAAGUUUUAGGGCAUCUCUCAAAGGGCACUUUUUGCAGUAGAGAUUUGGUACCUCGCCCUACUGCCCUCUGAUCCUGUCCCUGAGCUGAGAAGGUAGGGGCUGUUGACGUAGGUUCAGAUUUGAUCUCCAUGUAAAGGGAGAGCACCUUGGCGGGGCCAGUCCUCCCAUUUCUGCGGUACUACCCCAUCCCCAGCUACCAAGCACAUACCAAGAAGUCACAGGUCUUGGCAAGAAAGUGCUUCCAGAGCCAGACCGUCUAGAAUGCUCGACUGUGCAGGGAGAUCAGAGCUCCCAUGCUUUGUCAGCAAGAGGAAGGGGCAAGAUGAAGCUGGGGAGAAGGAAGUGGGUGUGUGGGGGGGGCAUGAGGAGAGACAGGAGGGGUGACGGUACAGGACCUAAAGGAACCUGUGCCCUGUGUUGACCAGCCACACAGAUGCCAAGGUAAACUGCAGACUGGCUCCUUUCACUCCUUUAGUCAUGGGUUGGGGUCAGGGAGGUGACCUAAGUGGAGAACUCUCUGGGUGGCCUGGCCAUAGCACCGUUGAAGGGUCCCACAAACCAGAGAGGCUGAAGUGGCUGACCUGACAGGUGAGGACCAGAGGCCCCUGUGCUGUGUACUACGCUGCAGCCAUCUGGGGGGUGGGACAUUUCUGUACUGCCCAAUUAGCUUAUGGCUCAACCAUUACGUAUGUCUGUGAUUCUAUUGUAACAAUUUCAAAAGUAAAUAAAGCUUGUGAUGUCCCACCAUG